CAAUCCGUAGGGAUUUGCGGACCAACCGGGAAUGCAACUGGUCUGAGCUGUUUCUAGCUGUUCGGCUAGCGAGCGCUGUCCUCUCCUCCCCGCCUUCUGUCAAGCACGCAGUUUAAACGCUCGGGCUGCAGCGCUGGGCGGGGCCAGGCUGUGCUCCUCCCCACCGCCGGCCGUCCGCGGCCCGCUCUUUCUUCCGGGAGGCGGAGUCAUCGCCCGGGCAAGCGCCCGGGUUCCCCUUCCUGAUGCCCGCGCCGAGGCCGGUUGCCCCCGUAAGGCCGCGGGUCCUCUUGCUUCCCGGCCCGGCGCCGUCUCCCGGGCCCUGGGCGGCGGUGCCCCGUGCGCAGGAGUUAGGAGAAGCGGCUCCGCGGAGCUCGUCGCGGGCAGCCCCGGCCGAUGGGGGUCCAGGGGCUGUGGACGCUGCUGGAGAGCUCGGGGCGGCAGGUCAGCCCCGAGGCGCUGGAGGGCAAGAUCCUCGCCGUGGAUAUUAGCAUUUGGUUAAACCAAGCACUUAAAGGAGUCCGAGAUCGCCAUGGGAACUCCAUAGACAACGCUCAUCUUCUCACUUUGUUUCAUCGGCUCUGCAAACUCUUAUUUUUUCGAAUUCGUCCUAUUUUUGUAUUUGAUGGGGAUGCUCCACUGUUGAAGAAACAGACUUUGGCCAAGAGAAGGCAGAGGAAAGAUUUAGCGUCCAGCGACUCCAGAAAAACUACAGAGAAGCUUCUGCAAACCUUUCUGAAAAGACAGGCUAUCAAAUCUGCCUUCAAAAGCAAAAGAGGUGAAGCCCUUCCUAGUCUUACGCAAGUUCGAAGACAGGAUGACAUCUAUGCUUUGCCACCCUUACAGGAGGAGGAAAAGCACAGUUCAGAAGAGGAAGAUGAAAAAGCAUGGCAAGAAAGAAUGGAUCAAAAGCAGGCCUUACAGGAAGAGUUCUUUCAUAAUCCUCAAGCGAUAGAUAUCGAGUCUGAGGACUUCAACAGCCUGCCCCUUGAAGUAAAGCAUGAAAUCUUGACCGAUAUGAAAGAGUUUACCAAGCGAAGAAGAACAUUGUUUGAAGCAAUGCCAGAGGAGUCCAAUGACUUUUCACAGUACCAGCUCAAAGGCUUGCUUAAAAAAAACUAUCUAAACCAGCACAUAGAAAAUGUCCAAAAGGAAAUGAAUCAGCAGCACUCAGGACAAAUCCAGAAGCAGUAUGAAGACGAGGGUGGCUUUCUGAAAGAGGUGGAGUCCAGGCGGGUGGUCUCCGAGGACACCUCCCACUACAUCCUGAUAAAAGGUAUUCAGGCUAAGAAAGUGGCCGCCGUGGAUGCAGAGUCACUUCCUUCUUCCAGCAAAAUGCACAGUGAAUCUUCCGACCUGAAGUCGUCUCCUGGUGAGAAAUCGAAGCCAGAGGAGGCGGCCGAGGCCACGCCUCCUUCUCCAGGCACUGUGCGGGCCCUGCAGGCCGCCCUGCUGGGGAGCAGCUCAGAAGAGGAGCUGGACGGUGGGCCGCGAGGGCAGCGCCGUGCCAGGGCCGCUCCGGCUGCCGCGGGUGACGGCUCCGUGUCGCCCCGGACGCUCUCGGCUAUCCAGAGAGCUCUUGAUGAUGACGAGGACGUGGAACUGCACGAGGGGGACAGUGUGCAGGCGCCAGAGCCGGGAGCGAGGACACAGCCUAGGAGGAGUCCUGGUGCGGAGUGUGGGGAAGGACAUGAAGGGAGAGGUGGAGCAGGAGCACUGGUGACCGCGGCUGCACCUGCGACCGGCGUGGGCUUUGAAGAGGAGCCCAUGGCCGGCAGCAGUGGUGGAAAAGAGCUGAUAGACUCUGCUCCUUUGUGGAGCACUGUCGUGCAUCAAGGGGGCGGAUCUCUCGUUCCAGUAAAGCCGGCGUCACCCACUCAGGUGGUGAACGAAGCCUCUCAGACCAGUGCAGAGUCUGCGGUUCAGGGGAGCAGAGGUCCUCUUCCUUUGGGGCCUACAGAGGGUCCACACAGUGAUGCCCCUGCACUCCCCGGAGGCGGGGAACCCACACGGGUGCCCCCCACAAGUGCAGAUUCUGAGUCAGGACCCGAGGCACACACUCAAGAGCCCGUGCCGCAGGCAGACCUCGGCCUGUCUGUGAGUCAGCGUGAUUCCUCUGUUCUUCCAAGUGAUGAUGGCACAGAAACUGGACAGAGUCCUGCUCUGAGAGUCACCGGCGCGGGGAUUUUACAGGAAAUGAGCGCAGCAAGCAUCCCUUCAGGGGCAGUUGCUGACUUAGAAGAUGCAGGGCCGUCUAGCGCUAAGGAACAUGGGAGUAUCCCAAAAGCCACUGAAGAACCAGAGGAAACUGAACUUGCAGGCCAGGAGUUCGUUCCGGUUUCAAAGUCCUUGGAGCCGGUGGAAACAGACUCUGAAGAAAGUGAAUCUGAUGGGAGUUUCAUUGAAGUGCAGAGUGUGAGCAGUGAUCGCGACCUUCAGACCGAGUCCAGCGAAGCUUCAGAAGUCUCUGAACAGCAUGAGGAGGAACCAGGAGGAACGAAGGAGGAGGAGCCCACUGGUGACUCCCAGCGCCUCCUACAGGACAGCUCGGGAAGCGAGGACUCAGACUUGAAGCCACAUGAAGAAGCUGAAAAAGAUGCAGAUGAUUCAUUCAAUGAAUGGCAAGAUAUUAAUUUGGAGGAGCUGGAAGCCCUGGAGAGUGACCUUUUAGCGCAGCAGAAUUCACUGAAUGCACAAAAACAGCAGCAAGAACGGAUCGCGUCCACUGUCACGGGGCAGAUGUUCUUGGAGAGCCAGGAGCUUCUGCGCCUCUUCGGCGUUCCCUACAUCCAGGCGCCCAUGGAAGCAGAGGCCCAGUGCGCCAUCCUGGACCUCACCGAUCAGACUUCGGGAACCAUCACCGACGACAGUGACAUCUGGCUGUUUGGCGCGCGGCACGUCUACAAGAACUUUUUUAAUAAAAACAAGUUUGUGGAAUAUUACCAGUAUGUGGACUUCCACAACCAAUUAGGAUUGGACCGGAACAAGUUAAUAAAUUUGGCCUACUUGCUUGGCAGUGAUUACACUGAAGGAAUUCCAACCGUAGGUUGUGUAACUGCCAUGGAGAUUCUCAAUGAAUUCCCAGGACGUGGUCUGGACCCCCUUCUAAAAUUCUCAGAAUGGUGGCAUGAAGCUCAAAAGAAUCAGAAGAUCAGACCCAAUCCUUAUGACACCAAAGUGAAAAAGAAGUUGCGGAAGUUGCAGCUCACACCCGGCUUCCCCAACCCAGCGGUCGCGGACGCUUACCUCAGGCCCGUGGUGGACGACUCCAGAGGGUCAUUCCUGUGGGGCAGACCUGAUCUCGACAAAAUUAGAGAAUUUUGUCAGCGGUAUUUCGGCUGGAACAGGACUAAGACAGACGAAUCUCUGUUUCCAGUCUUAAAGCAGCUGAGUGCCCAGCAGACACAGCUCCGAAUUGAUUCUUUCUUUAGAGUAGCUCAGCAGGAGAAACAAGAGGCCAAACGCAUCAAGAGCCAGAGGCUCAGCAGAGCUGUGACAUGUAUGCUGAGGAAGGAAAGGGAGGAAGCAGCCAGUGAGGUGGACACAGGUUCUGCUGCCAUGGAGAAAGAGCCUGAGAGCCUUGACGAGGUAAAGGGACAAACUCGGCAGAGACACCCAGCACAGAAACCGAAAGAGGCGCCAGGCACGAAGAGACAGCGGCUCUCAGAAUCUCAACAGGAGAGUCAGUGUGGGGGGUUUUUGGGGAAGACCUACCUCUCCGAAUCACCGGGUGCAUCUGCGGGUGAAGAUUCUGGGAGUUUACCUUUGCUGAACGUACGGAGGAGAAAGGCAGCUAAAGACUCGAGAACGAGCUCUUCAGCUUUGCGGAACUCGGUGCAGGAAGCCCCCACGCAGGACGGCGGUGGGACCACCAGCAGCUCUAGCGAUGACGAGGGAGAGAAGGCCAAGGCCGUCCUGGUGACCGCCAGGCCUGUGUUUGGGAAGAGAAGGAGGAGACUGAGACGUGCAGGAGGAAGGAAAAGGAAAACCUAAUUCAGAAAUCUGUAUUCCCUGUGAUGACGUGGGACGACAUUUUGUAAUGAAUUUUGUUGUGAGAACAGUAUAAAAUUAAGUGUCUUUGUAUAGUCUUUGUACUGAGUGUGUGAUAUUUUAAUAAAAGAAAUAGAUGCUAAAGUUA